GUCAUGGAAUCAAUUCAGUCGAAAAUUGGACUGUCGAAUGUUCAGCUACAAAAACUGCCAACAAAUGUACUACCGAUAAUGCUAAUCACAUUUUCGAUCUGAGAGAUAAUGUAAUUGAUAUAGUGGUCAUCACUAAGGAUUAUGGAACUUUGUUUUAUGUCUUCAAAUGUUACUCAUUUCGUCGGAAUUUGAGCAGAUGAGUACCAGAAUUCGAUUGUAUUUUCAUUAUACUUCCUCGUUGGAGGCAUACCCACGUCUCUACUAUUUUGACGGAAGAUUUAGGGAUUUACUGCAAAGGUUUAAAAGAAUUUUAAGUCCACUACCUAAAGACGUGCAUGAUGAACAUUUAUUAUUAGAUGCCAACAAGUUGAGCGAUAUUCUCAAAAAUGGUUUUAACAUCAUUAUUGUUGGGAAAGGCGAUCUUACUCCGGAUGACUUGUUUGUAUCGGUACAGAAUGUAGAGGACAGCAAACGUAUACCUACAACGUCUUGUAUUACUGUAUUCAUUUGUUAUGUAAAAGUAGAUGAUUUGGAACAAACAGUCGCAGAGGAGAUAGUGCAGACAAUUGAAUAUUUGAAAGAGACAGGUAGAGAUCGAGAUGAAUUUGCAGAUUCAUUUAUUAUUGCCUGCAAAACAAGCAAAUCAGCAUCGGAUGAAGAAAUACUACGUUUUCGAGAAGAAAUUCGUCUGAAAGCAGAGGUGACACUUGGCUGUGUCUUAGACACUGACAAUGUCAUUAUUUCGACAGGGGAAUGUGAUAUUAAACACCGCAUUUCAUAUAUAUACGAACGCUGCAUCAUUGAGUUGUUAAUCAGGAUCCGUUCAUUUCUUGGGUUAUUCGUUAAGAAAAGACGGCAAAUAGAACAGAAUCAAACCUGUAUUUUGCACCAGACACCGGUUUUGUCGGCCAUUUUAGGUUUUCUAAGAAAUAGGUUUUAUUUAUCAGAUAUUUCUUACUUGAAACAUAAUAGAAAAUCUUUCCUUAAUCAAGUAAUACCUCGUUUGGCACGUCACGUGAGAUGCACAAUAAUAACACUCGUGUCCUCAAAAUAUACUUUGCCCACUUGGUUAUGCACUCGGCUACUAAACGUAACUGAGUUUGAAGACGUUUUGAUUAAAUCAGUUUCAAACAAAACCCGGUACGUGCUGGGUAAACUUGAGCAUACUAACGUAUCUAAACAUAUGGAAAUACAAAAUGUCAAAAAUGGCGUCCUCGAACUUGAAUCCAAAGUAUUGAAUCCUUCAAACUGUUUUACAUUUGAUUUCAUCUUGCUUUUUCUUCAAAGAGACUUUGAGGACGCGUCCUCGAAUGCAGAAAAGAAAAUAUCUUCAAUGAGAAAAGUAUCAAUCACCAUGAGUAAAAUGAUAUACGAAAUAGAUGGUUAUUUGAAACAAACGAUCGUAAAGCACGAUAAAUUCCCACAUAAAGAUUCCACUGUGACGAUCCCUACCAGCCUACGACACAAUAUUCUGGCAAUGAAAGGUGUCUAUGGAAUGGGAACAAUAUAUGGUGUUAUAGAGAUCCACUUACUAGUAGAUAAAGACAGUCUUGACAAAGCUCUGUUAGAUCGUCUAGAGUUGUUGAUGCGAGAAAUUCACUUGCAAAAUUCAUACAGAAUUAAACACAUCAAACACUAAACGACGCGGGAAACGCCGCAGACAUUGCCGAUGUGAUGUCUUAGCUGUUGUCCGUAAACCACAGAUCAAGCAUUGGCAUAUAGCCCAAAACUAGCCGAAAAAGCACGAAACUGUUUCUAAGAAAUUUAUGCUGUAUUAUAUAACUUCUGCUUUUUGUCUGAUUUAAACAAUAUUCUAUCUAUAUCUGUACCUUUUUGGCAACAUAAUUGCCUCUAUAAAAUCUAUGAUAAGUUAUGAACUUGGUUACCUUAGGUUACAGACAGACAAACAGACAGACAGACGGAUACUUUUAUUUACAAUCAGGUUCUACAGCAUGUAAACAUGAGAACAACAUGAUUUAUUAUAUUAACAAAUGUUGGUGUUUAUACACAGCAAUAUUUAAACAAACAUUUACAUGGUGUUUUUUUCACAAAUCAGGUUACUAGGUCAAAUCAUACUACAAAAAAGAAAUUGUAAUCAUUUUAGAGACGAUACUUUCUUAUUAAUCAUAGUAAUUUCUUAUCAGCUUGUUUACCACAUUAAAACCUUAAUCAAUAUUAAAACUGCGUUAUAUGAGUUUUAAAACUAUGUCAUUAGGUUAAGUUAUAGAAAACCCUUGUUCACAUCCAAGAGGCCACGUAAUAGAAAAAUAAAAAAAAAAGGAAAUAUUGCUUACACGCUGGAGCCUCGUUAUCGUCUAAACAGUUACCGUCAAGGCCGAAAAUUCCCAUCUGCACCUACAAACAGUGAAAGAAUCUUAUAAUAUUGAACACUUAUAUGAAAUUUCUACAAUUAUGGUUAAAAUUAUCGAGAAAAUAGUUUUGAAAUAACCUAUACUUUUCGAUUUUUUUAAUAUGUUGGACAGUUUUUGUUUAAAAAUAGGUAUGUUUGA